AUAUAAAACUGGCUUUUAGUAAUCCAUUAUUCAGUAUGUUGCCUAUCACACCGACCAACAUGUUUUUUGCAAAAUUGAAUACAAUUUUUCUGAUCUACAUCUGUUUUAUAUUCUCCGAUGCUGUUAAAGAUGCUGAGGCACAACGACCAGAAAGAAUGAUUAAUGCGGAAGACGCCCUAAUUGAAGAAUUUCCAUCAAAUGUCUUCGUCCAUUCCGCGUACAAGAUAAAUGGAUCCCCGAACGUGUACUUCUGUAGCGGAUCGCUCAUUACCCUAACUCAUGUACUGACUGCUGCACACUGUACCGUCUACUACAACAAAACAGUUAGGAUAUCCCCUUACUACGCGGGCCCGCACCAGAUCAGAGUCAGAGCAGGGGUUGCUAAUGUUCGUCAGCGUGGCAACGACUACUUUGUUAAACGAAUAUAUAGGCACGAAUACUACAGCAUUCAGAUAGAAUUAAAUCCAUACUCAAGUUUCGAUAUAGCCAUUCUCGAGUUAAACAAAGUUGUAGAGCUAGGGCCUACACAACAAAUUAUUAAGUUACCAUGCUUUUCCCCCGAGUUCGAUGACGAAGGUAUUCUGCUUGGAGCCGGACCCACAUCUUCAGAUCCCAAUUCACACGGAACGAUGAAAAAAGCCACGUUUAAGGUCGUACCGUGCACAAAUUGGCCAGAAGAAGAUGUAAUUUGUGUCCGGAAUGAAACCGUUAAUUCGACACAGGGUGACAGCGGUUCCGCUUUCAUAUUCAACGACAGACUUAGUGGAAUAAUGUCAGCAACACCAGACAACCGAGACUAUUAUAUUCUAACGGAUGUAUUUAAAUAUUUCAAUUGGAUUGUGAAUAUUGUUGGCGUGCCGGAGGAAUUCGAAGACGUACCUCGAGUGGGAUAGUGACAAGUGGGGUUGCAGGGAUAUCGAAUCGGCAGUCGUUCAUAGAAAUGAUUUUCUAUUGAUCAGCCUCUUGACUAGCCCUAUCAGGAAUCUCCACGACGUAAUCGACAAUUAUCAGCUCAUUAUUAUUCGGUGUUAAAUGAUUUACUCAAAUUUAUGCUGAGUAUCUUACUUUGUUCAAAUAUUUCUAAUCAGAAACGUGAUGAAUGAAUAAUUACGAUAUUGCUUUACAAAAUUUCAUGAUCUUUAUUGGAGUGAAACAGAUGGUCAUUAUAGAAUCAUUUAUUUGGUGGCGACUGCUUUCGGUUUUGGAAGUCCCUCCCUGACUCCAUUUCUACAAUGAUAAUAGUAACACAAUUAAUCUACUGUCUGAACUGAAAACGAAGAAGGGUGAUCGGAUUUGAUAAACAACAAGUUAAUGAA